GGGUCGUCGCUCGUCCCUUCUCCUCACACGCGGCCGUUCCGUGGCGGGCUGGACACUCGGCCUCGAGCUCGCGGGGGAAGCCUAGUUGAGCUCCAAAAUGCCGGUCGGGAGUCAAGAGCCAGACGGCGUCCUCAGCUACCAGAGACCAGAUGAGGAAGCUGUGGUGGAUCAGGGUGGGACCAGUACAAUUCUCAACAUUCAUUAUGAGAAAGAAGAGUUGGAAGGUCAUAGAACUUUGUAUGUGGGGGUUCGGAUGCCUCUGGGCCGGCAAAGCCAUCGGCACCAUCGAAGUCAUGGCCAGAAGCAUCGGAGACGAGGACGGGGCAAAGGAGCCAGCCAAGGAGAGGAAGGCCCAGAGGCCCUGGCCCAUGGUAACACCCUCGAAAGAGAGGACACACCAUCUCAGCGUGUUCAGUUUAUUCUUGGCACUGAAGAAGAUGAAGAACAUGUGCCUCAUGAGCUUUUCACAGAGCUGGAUGAGAUAUGUAUGAAAGAGGGAGAAGAUGCAGAAUGGAAGGAGACAGCCAGGUGGCUGAAGUUUGAAGAAGAUGUAGAGGAUGGGGGAGAGCGUUGGAGUAAACCUUAUGUGGCAACCCUUUCAUUGCACAGUCUCUUUGAACUAAGAAGCUGUCUUAUUAAUGGAACAGUCCUUCUAGACAUGCGAGCAAGUAGCAUAGAAGAAAUUUCAGACCUAAUCCUGGAUCAGCAAGAACUGUCCAGUGACCUGAAUGACAGCAUGAGGAUUAAAGUGCGAGAAGCUCUUCUUAAAAAACAUCAUCACCAGAAUGAAAAGAAGAGAAAUAACCUCAUCCCCAUUGUUCGUUCCUUUGCGGAAGUUGGCAAGAAACAGUCUGAUCCACAUUCAAUGGAUAAAAAUGGUCAAACUGUGUCUCCUCAGUCUGCUCCAACUACAAAUCUUGAAGUAAAAAAUGGAAUGAAUUGUGAGCACAGUCCUGUGGAUUACAAGGUGGACCUUCAUUUUAUGAAAAAAAUCCCCUCUGGGGCAGAGGCUUCAAAUGUCCUUGUUGGAGAGGUGGACACUCUGGAUCACCCCAUUGUUGCCUUUGUAAGGCUAUCUCCAGCUGUUCUUCUCUCAGGCCUGACAGAAGUACCUAUACCAACAAGAUUUUUAUUUAUCCUAUUGGGACCAGUAGGAAAAGGUCAGCAGUACCACGAGAUUGGCAGAUCCAUGGCCACUAUCAUGACAGAUGAAAUUUUCCAUGACGUGGCAUAUAAGGCAAAAGAGCGAGAUGAUCUCCUGGCAGGGAUUGAUGAGUUCCUAGACCAGGUGACAGUGCUCCCUCCAGGGGAGUGGGACCCCUCAAUUAGAAUUGAACCACCCAAGUAUGUUCCUUCCCAGGAGAAAAGGAAAAUGCCUGGAGUUCCAAAUGGAAAUGUUUGCCACAUAGAGCCGGAACCACAUGGGGGCCACAGUGGGCCAGAGCUUCAGCGUACUGGGCGCCUAUUUGGGGGCUUGGUGCUGGAUGUCAAGCGAAAAGCCCCUUGGUACUGGAGCGACUACCGGGAUGCACUCAGCUUACAGUGUUUGGCUUCCUUUCUGUUCCUGUACUGUGCCUGCAUGUCACCUGUUAUCACCUUUGGAGGAUUGCUUGGAGAAGCUACUGAGGGACGCAUAAGUGCAAUUGAAUCCUUGUUUGGAGCUUCCAUGACUGGGAUUGCAUAUUCCUUGUUUGCAGGACAGGCUCUCACCAUCCUGGGAAGUACUGGGCCAGUGCUUGUGUUUGAAAAGAUUUUAUUCAAAUUCUGCAAAGACUAUGCUCUUUCAUACCUCUCACUGCGAGCUUGUAUCGGACUGUGGACCGCUUUCCUGUGUAUUGUCCUUGUGGCGACUGAUGCCAGUUCCCUUGUCUGCUACAUUACCCGCUUCACUGAAGAAGCAUUUGCCUCUCUGAUUUGUAUUAUUUUUAUCUAUGAAGCAAUAGAAAAGCUGAUUCACCUGGCAGAGACUUAUCCUAUUCACAUGCAUAGCCAGCUGGACCACCUUAGCCUGUAUUACUGCAGAUGUACUCUCCCAGAAAAUCCAAACAACCACACCCUGCAGUAUUGGAAGGACCACAAAAUCAUUACAACGGAAGUUCACUGGGCUAACCUGACUGUUAGUGAAUGCCAGGAGAUGCAUGGAGAAUUCCUGGGAUCAGCAUGUGGUCAUCAUGGGCCUUAUACUCCUGAUGUGCUCUUUUGGUCCUGCAUUCUCUUCUUCACUACCUUUAUACUCUCCAGUACCUUAAAGACAUUUAAGACAAGCCGCUAUUUCCCAACCAGAGUACGCUCCAUGGUGAGUGAUUUUGCAGUUUUCCUCACCAUCUUCACAAUGGUGAUUAUUGAUUUUUUGAUUGGAGUCCCAUCACCAAAGCUUCAAGUUCCCAGUGUAUUUAAGCCAACCAGGGAUGAUCGAGGAUGGAUUAUUAGUCCCAUUGGCCCCAAUCCCUGGUGGACUGUAAUAGCAGCAAUUAUUCCAGCUCUUCUGUGUACUAUCUUAAUAUUCAUGGAUCAGCAGAUCACAGCUGUCAUUAUUAAUAGGAAAGAACACAAGCUCAAGAAAGGCUGUGGCUACCACCUGGACCUGUUGAUGGUGGCCAUCAUGCUGGGUGUCUGCUCCAUCAUGGGCCUGCCUUGGUUUGUGGCUGCAACUGUCCUGUCCAUCACACAUGUGAAUAGUCUCAAAUUGGAAUCUGAGUGCUCUGCACCUGGAGAACAGCCCAAGUUCUUGGGUAUUAGAGAGCAGAGAGUGACAGGACUUAUGAUCUUUGUGUUAAUGGGCUGCUCAGUUUUCAUGACAGCUGUAUUAAAGUUUAUUCCAAUGCCAGUGCUCUAUGGAGUUUUCCUCUACAUGGGAGUUUCUUCACUACAGGGAAUUCAGUUCUUUGACCGUCUGAAACUUUUCGGGAUGCCUGCAAAACACCAGCCAGAUUUCAUCUACCUUCGGCACGUGCCUCUGCGCAAAGUGCAUCUUUUCACACUUAUCCAACUGACCUGCCUCGUCCUGCUCUGGGUCAUCAAGGCAUCUCCAGCUGCCAUUGUCUUUCCAAUGAUGGUUUUGGCCUUGGUUUUUGUCAGGAAAGUCAUGGAUUUCUGUUUCACUAAGCGUGAGCUGAGCUGGUUAGAUGAUCUCAUGCCUGAAAGCAAAAAAAAGAAAUUGGAUGAUGCCAAGAAGAAGGCCAAGGAGGAAGAGGAGGCUGAAAAAAUGUUAGAACUCGGUGGAGACAAGUUCCCCUUAGAGAGCAGGAAGUUACUCAGUAGUCCUGGAAAAAACAACAGUUUCAGAUGUGAUCCCUCUGAGAUUAAUAUAUCUGAUGAAAUGCCUAAAACCACAGUCUGGAAAACUCUCAGUAUGAAUUCUGGAAAUACGAAGGAAAAGAGUCUCCUCAAUUAAAAGCCUUUGCUGGGAUGGAAGAUUUGGGCCAUGAGAUAUGCCUCAGGGAAGCUAUGUUACAGACAAGGUGGUGAUUCUCAGAGAAGAAGCAAGACCAAGUCUGGCCCUGUCCUUGCUCAUGUCAAAGCCAUGCUGAAGCAUUCUAUUACUCAUGGUAUGCAUGGGAAGUUAUGCAGCUGCACCAGCAGCCAAUCAUCAGAUGUAUGGAAGCAGAAGAUGGCCUCCUGUUGGUACUUCUCUUCCUUCACUUUCUCUUCAGCCACAAUGGAUAACCCAGCUUUCCAUUUCCAGACAUUUCUCUGAAACUCUCUGCUGGUCUGCCAAGCCAUCUGGAUCCAUAUCGCCACUGAUGAUUCCUUUACUGAGGUCCCCCUUCCUAAAUGAUAUGGGGGUGAGGAAGUAGAGGGGAGAGUAAAGAGAAAAGGGAAGACUCUUCUUGAGUUCCCUAGAAUUUGCAGGCUCCAAGGCAUUUCCAUGUCCUUGCCUUGGUUUGAUGCUCUACUCUGGGGGAUGCUGGUCAGACCCAGAGGAUGUCCAGAUGUCUGUUGGGCAUCAAUAUUGCCUGCAGCCGCAUCUGGGAAGAUGCUUCUCAUCCCAAUGCAUCUUCACUACUUGCUGGCAGCAGCCUAUCUACCUGUGAGAACUUUAAUGAUGAAAGGGCCAAGAAGGACACUGGAACUGUUCAGCAUAGACAGGAAAAGCCUCAGGGGAAACUAGGUGAUAAGUGAGGAUGAACUAUUUCUCUUAGUUUCACUGAGGAAAGAAUGAGACAAUGAGUUUGAAUUAUUACAUAAGGAGUUAUGGUCCUUAUGUAAUUAAUAUAUUACAGAAAGGACUUACAGUCUAACUAGUUAUUCUAGUGUUUGGUGAGAAUUUGAUAAUAGUUGUGAGUAGAAAGGAAGACACGGUGCUUUUAUUGGCCUUGUGGAGGAAGCAUCCAUUUCUUGCUGCUGUCUCUUGAGGACACAUUGUAAUUUCUUUCCUGGAGAGAUCAAGUGCUUAUGUAAUGUCUACUUAGUUGCCUUAGUAGUGAACCACCAUCAGCUCAGUGGACCAAAACUACCUUCAGCCAUGUGGUUUCUUCAUCAUCAUCAUGAAUUUCUUUUGGUUGAUAAAUGUUCUGGAUCUCAGAUGUAAAAAAAAAAAAAACCUGGGAAAUGAACUGUAAGUGGUAAAAUUUGUUUUGGUAGUUAGCUUAAAAUCAUAUCAUUUUCUCUGUUACAGUAAAUAUUAAGGGGCUGGGUUCUAUUAGGCAUAGAACCUUCUCUUUCUUUGUGCACAGAAUAUGACCAGCAAUCAUGCCAUUGUCAAGGAAAUCCUAUCAUAUCAGUUUUUCAUCCAGAAGAAGUCUUUGUACAAUAGUGUUUCCUUACUAGGCUUUCCUUUGGCUGUAUCAUUUUGUUAUUCUUUACUGCAUUCUAGAGAAUAUAAUUUAUAAUAUAGAACUCUAAAGACCAUUAAUGUUGACAAGAUCUCCAUUUCUUUCACAUUUCUCUCUCUCGGAGUCAUACUUAUUUUAAUACACAGAUGAUUUUUAAAUGGUAUAGAAUGGAUAAUAAUUACUCAGGACAGAUGCCUAUUGUAAUUAAGCAGUAUGGAAGAUCAUACCAGUGCCUGCUGGCUGAGGUCAUAUUGCUGCAGAUGUUAAAUGUAUUUUUGACUUUUGGGUUUUGUUUCUGGUUUGUCUGCCUUCUCCUCAUAAGACUAUUUAGAGACAGACUGCCUAGGCUUCUUUUUAUAUGGAUCAGACCUGGUUCUUUGAACAAUAUAGGUAUUAACAUCUUUGUGAACCAGAGUUCCACAUUUACUAUUU